AUGAAAGAUUCAAGGUAUCAUCACACCGUUGUUCAAGAUGGUACAGUAUUUCUCAAACAGGCUGCAGCACAAGGCAGAAAAUUCGAUCUUGUGAUUGUGGACACAUGUGAUGAUUUUGGAGAAUGUCCUGCAAAGUCAUUCCGGAAACCUGAUGUUUUGAGGACCCUUAAGAAAGUUUUGAAAUCCACAGGCUGGUUAUUGACGUGCAGCCGGAACUCGUAUCAAAAGAAGCAAGCUCGCAUGAGUUGA